UUUUUUUUUUUUUAUUUUUUUCAUCAAUUAAGAUGAGAGCAAUAGGUUGUACUUAUUCACCACGUUUAGAGGCCAUUUUAUCAUCACCAUCCUACUUGGCUGCUUUUGAAGUUUUCUUGAAAAAAAAUCAAGCUCAUGAAAAUUUAUUAUUUCUUGAAGCUUUAUCUCGUCUUAAUUGUCAACAGAAUUUAUCCAAUAUUGAAGCUGCUGUAGAAAGAAUUUUGAAAACUUUUAUAGUCAAGAAUGCUUCCAUGGAGAUCAACAUUACUUGUCGUGAAGCUACCGAAAAAGCUUAUGAAUCUUCUCGAUUUACAGUACUCAAUGCCAAAAACGCUCUCAAGAUCUUUGAAGAAGCGAAACUAGAAGUAUGCCAAUUAUUGGAAGCAAAGACCGAAGAAUUCAAACGUAUUCAUAACAUGUCAAUCUCAAACGUUGAACAACAGCCACGGAACUGUCAAAAACGAGUAGUGAUUAUUGGUGGAGGAUUUGUGGGUUUCACGGUUGCCUCCAUUUUGGAUCCGAUGUCCCGCUUUCAUGUUACACUUAUUGAUGCUAAAGACUCAUUUGAAUAUACACCUGGGAUGAUCAAGAUGCUAGUCCGACCAGAAGAUGCCUCUUCGUUACGGGUACGUCAUGAAUCUUAUGUUAAGAAUGGUCGCGUGAUGAUUGGUAUUGCUGACCGAUUAGAAAAUGAUGCUACGAUGGUCCAUGUGAACGGUGAAUCUAUCCCUUUUGAUUAUCUGGUCAUUGCUACUGGAAGUUCUUAUCAAUCCAAAUUGAAAUCAUUUGAUAUCUCUGCUUUGUAUAGAAUGACGGAUUUGGGCAAGGAAUAUCUUGAACUGAAAAGUGCUAAAGAUAUCUUGAUUAUUGGUGGUGGACUUGUGGGCUGUGAACUUGCUGCUGAAAUAGCUUUACAUAAAUUUCCAGAUGGUUGUCCAAAGAAGAAAUCUGUGACUAUUGUAGAAUCUCAUUCAAGUUUGGUUCGUCGAUCAAGUCCCUCAACGCAAAAGAAAGCUUUGGAAUACCUACAAAACAUUGGUGUGAACGUGAUAUGCAACGAGAAAAUAGUCGAUUUUGAUUCUGGAGAAGACAACAUCUUUCUUGGAUCGAGUGGGCGUCGAUUUAGUGGUUUUGACAAGAUUUAUUUGGCCACUGGAACAUCACCGUGUAGUCAAUUGUUGAAAGCAUCUGAUAUAAGUUGUAACCUAGAUUUUACUGUGGACAAUUGGGAUCGAAUCCGCGUCAAGCCAACCCUGCAAUUGGAUCAUCCAAAAUAUUCAACUAUUUUUGCCGGUGGUGAUGUGACCAAUGUCAAAGAAGAAAAAACAGGUUAUUCUGCUACUUUGGCUGGUGUAUGUAUUGCAAGAAAUAUCUGUCGAAUGGAAAAAGGAAAACGACCAUUGAAACAAGGUACUGGAGGCACUUUAUCAGCACCAAUGGUUCCAUUACAUGGUAAAGAAGAUCAAGGUGGCAUUGGAAGACAACAAUUAUCAUCAUGGAAAAAAUCUUUUUCCUUUCUGAAUCCAACCUGGGCGGCGCUCAAAUACUUUGAUGAACAAGAGUUUAUACGAAUCGUAGCAGGUGAAACAAAGAUUCGACAAAGACCUAUCGGACGAUUACCAACUCCACUGAAUGAUACUACGGAAAACCAUACUAAUUCUUUUAGAUUUUAUCAUCGUCAUGGCAACCAUCAUGUCGACGCGGAUACACAUCAAGGUUCAACAACAAACUUAUCAGGGGUAGAUGUCCUCUCAUCAGCUGCGGAUGGUGAUUCUGCGGUUGAUCUACAAAAUGGGACCUCAUCAUCGCUCAAUUGUGGAAUAGAAUCCUUGGAUCAGGCAUCAAUAUCAGGUGUUAGCAAAUCAUUGUCUUCGGAAAGUCUUUAUGCACGAUCGGUCAACGAAUUUCAAGCUGUCAAACAUCCAAGAAGUCAACCUCCUCGAAAUCCAAGUACAACUUCAAGACAUCAAGCAUCAUCAGAUCAUCUUAAUGAGUUUUAAUAUAUAAUUUCAUUUUUUUAUUAGAUUUAGACUUUAUUCCCCCCCCACCAUAUUAUCAAUUUGUAUGUUUAUCAUUUUGUAGAAAGAACAAUAAAAAGUAUGUCAUUUUUAUCAACA